UAACCACUGCAUCUAAUUUUAUUCUAUUUUAUUGUUAUUUUAUUAAUCUAGUUUUUACUUCACACUGUUUUACUACUAUUAUUGUUAUUAUAGCUUUUAAUUCUAUUUUAUUGCAUUUGUAUCAUGUUAUUGUCUCGUGUGCAUUGGUCUGAAAUCAUCAAACUGUUAAAUUGCUGAAAUGUUUUGUCUUUUCUGUUGUUUUCACUGUCUAAUUGUCGGCUUGUCAGUCAGCACUUUGGACUGCAACAACCUGUAUAAAGUCCAAAACUAAUAAAGUUUGAUGUGACCUUUGGUUGUGUUAUAAAACCGGCAUGUAGUAUGAAGUGCAGCACCACCUUGGUCAAAUCAGGGGAAAGCUUCUCACCAAGUGUCAUUUUGUCUUUGAGCUUCCUCCUCUCUGUACCGAGCAGUGUCGCAACAACCCCCACAGAGAACAACCACCAUGAAGAUCCGAGGAAAACAGACCAGCUUCUUUCUAACCUUUGUUUUAUUUCUCCAUGUUGCUGCAGACCUGCAUGUCCUAAUAUCCUGAUAGCACCUGAAGUCCACACAAAGCUCGGGAGCCUGAGAGGUCAGUAUGUGAGUGUAAAGGGGAAGGAGACUGGGGUCCACGCCUACCUGGGUAUCCCAUUUGCCAAGCCACCCGUCGGCCCUGCUCUGAGACUGGCUGCACCCCAGCCUGUAGAGGGAUGGGAAGGAGUGAGAGACGCCACCCGGCAGCCACCCAUGUGUGUUCAAAACAAACAGUUUUCUAUAGAUAUGUUUGAUAAACUCGGUGUGAAGUUGGCAGAGCUCCCAGACAUCUCAGAGGACUGCCUUCACCUCAACGUUUACACCCCUGCAAACAGAGCUCACAAUGCCAAGCUCCCAGUCAUGGUCUGGAUCCAUGGUGGAGGGUUUACUAUCGGGUCAGCUUCAACAUAUGAUGGCUCUGCACUGGCUGCUUACCAGGAUGUGGUUGUGGUUCUGAUCCAGUACCGCUUGGGGCUUCUGGGCUUACUCAGCACUGGUGAUGAGCACAUGUCAGGGAACUUUGGCCUGUUGGACCAGGUACAAGCUCUGAGGUGGAUCCAGCAGCACAUUCACAACUUUGGAGGAGACCCAGAUUUAGUUACCAUAUUUGGGGAGUCUGCAGGCGGAACGAGCGUAUCCCUCCUGCUUCUCUCACCAUUGUCUGAUGGCCUGUUCCACCAUGCCAUUGCUGAGAGCGGCACUGCUGCAAUUGAUAUGCUCUUUGCAAAUGAUCCUCUACCAGCAAUGCAGAUGGUAGCUAAUAUAUCCGGCUGUAGCCUCGAAAGCACGGAGAAGAUCGCUGAUUGCAUGAGAAACCUCGAUAUUAACACUAUUGAGGCUAUUGGGCAGGAUCAACAAUUGAGAAUUACUCCAAAUGUUGAUGGACACUUCCUGACAAAACCUGUGGAUGAGCUGUUCCACAAACAUGAACUUCUCACUGUACCAUUCAUGACCGGCGUUAAUAAUGAUGAAGGGGGCUGGAUACUUCCUCAGCUCCUUGCUCCUCCAAACUGGACAGAGGGAUUAGAUCGGGAGCCGGUCAUGAACAUGAUGUUCAUGUUCUACCCUAAUCCCGAAGAUGCAAUGUUAAGAGAAUUGGUGGUAGAUGAAUAUAUUGGAACCGGUGAAGAUCGUGUGAAGAAUAGAGAUGGGUUCACUGAGCUAAUUGGAGAUAUGAUGUUUACCAUUCCAGCCAUUAAGACUGCUAAUGCCCACAGAGAUGCAGGUGCCCCUGUAUACCUGUAUGAGUACCAGCAUCCUCCUAAAUUCCUGCAGUCAAAAAGGCCAAGCUUUGUUGGGAGUGACCAUGGAGAUGAACUCUUUACAGUAUUAGGAUUCUGCUUCACAACUACCCAUAUCAAAUUAGCCGAUGCAUGUGAUGAAGAUGAGGAGCAGUUGAGCAGAACCAUGAUGAGCUACUGGGCCAACUUUGCUCGCACAGGGUCUCCUAAUGGGGACGGCCUUGUCCACUGGCCAAAGUAUGGAGCAGAAGAGGACUACUUGUCAAUUGAUGUAAAGGAGCAAGUAACUGGUCAGCACCUGAAGAAGGACCAGUUUGUCUUCCUGACACAGACUCUCCCAGAGAAAGUCCGACAACACAAAGAGAAGAUGGAGCGCAGCGAGCUGUAGAACAAUCACCUCACCUUCCUCCCUUCCAUAAAUGUUUUUAUUGAUUAAUUUUAACCACAAACAAGUCAGUCAAAAAUGCAUUGGACAUACUGUGAGACAUUUGUAAAAGUAAUGUGAUGAUAAUAAUAAUGAUAACAUUUAAACAAAUUGAAUUUUAGUACUUUUUGUAGCACCAUGCAUUGUAUGAAAUUUGGAAAGGAGAACCUUUCAAAAUGUAUCUUUAGAAGAUUUUUUGAAAUGCCUCAGUUUGACUUAUAAAAAUGUGUGUGAUAGGGAGGUUGGGCAUGUUAUCAUCAUUCUGGCGUAUUGGUAAUUGACAUGCACUGUGAGUUUGCUUACACUGUUGGUAUUUUACUAACUCCACAGUCUGUUUCAGACUCACCACCACAGUCACUUGAGGAAUGAGAUCUGUAUGAGUCUCUGCUCUCCCUGAUCCAUACCCAAUGCUUAAGCCUCCGGCUCGAAAGACCAUGUAGAAACUUGACAUUUGUGGUAGCUGGGUUAUUUAAGAAACCUUUGUAUUGGCACACCAGUUUUCCAAGGAUUUCCACUUAAUUAGUUGACUGGCAGAUGAUUUACUGGCUAAAAGGUAAAUGAAAAC